UUACAUCAGACAAGUGUCUCAUCUUGUUGCAGAAAAAACCCAGAAAAAAAGAUCAGUUAUGUGUGGUCAAACACUCAUCUUUUUCAAGAUCUUUCGAGUGUCGCUAAUCUGUUAAUAAUCGCUCUUUGUUCUUCCAGAAAACAGGUUUUUUUCUUCUUCUGAAUCUUGAAAUCUCUAUUCAUUCAUGGCUGGUAGUAAUGAAAUCAACGCAAAUGAAGCCAAGAAAGUAGUUCCGCUUCACACAUGGAUCCUAAUUUCCAACUUCAAGUUAGCGUACAACAUGCUCCGGCGACCGGACGGCACCUUCAAUCGCGAGUUAGCGGAGUUUCUUGACCGGAAAGUUGCGGCCAACACCGUUCCAGUGGAUGGCGUUUACUCUUUUGAUGUAGUCGACCGCGCCACCAGUCUCCUCAACCGGAUUUACAGAUGCUCCCCGCUGGAGAACGAAUUUUCACGUCAACCCGGAGCCGGAAUCUUGGAACUCGAAAAACCACUGAGCACCACCGAAAUCGUCCCGGUAAUAAUCUUCUUCCACGGCGGAAGCUUCACUCAUUCCUCUGCUAACAGCGCCAUCUACGACACAUUCUGCCGCCGUCUCACCGGACUCAUCAAAGGCGUCGUGGUUUCAGUAAACUACCGGCGGUCACCAGAACACCGGUAUCCUUGUGCUUACGAAGAUGGAUGGGAAGCUCUGAAAUGGGUUCAUUCAAGAUCAUGGCUUUUAAGUGGUAAAGACCCUAAAGUUCAUGUUUAUUUAGCCGGAGACAGCUCCGGCGGCAACAUAGCCCAUCAUGUGGCGGUUAGAGCAGCGGAAUCCGGCGUUGAGGUGCUCGGAAACAUAUUAUUACAUCCGUUGUUUGGUGGAGAAGAAAGAAAAGAAUCAGAAAACAAAUUAGAUGGGAAAUACUUCGUAAGAGUUCAAGAUAGAGAUUGGUACUGGAGAGCUUUUUUGCCUGAAGGCGAAGAUCGUGAUCAUCCUGCGUGUAACAUAUUUGGGCCACGUGGCAUCAGUCUUGAAGGGGUUAAAUUUCCAAAAAGUUUAGUGGUGGUGGCCGGAUUAGAUCUUGUUCAGGAUUGGCAAUUGGCAUAUGUUGAAGGGUUGGAAAACGCAGGGCAACAAGUGAAGCUAUUGUUCUUGAAAAAAGCCACCAUUGGAUUCUAUUUCUUGCCUAAUAAUGAGCAUUUCUACACGUUAAUGGAGGAGAUCAAAAGCUUUGUGAGCUCUUCUUAAUUAACCCUUUUCUGUUCAUAGAAGGAAAACUCCAAAAAAAAAAAAAAAGACUUUUUUUUAACUGUUCAACUACAGAAGAAGAAUCCAUACAUAACACAAAGCUUUUGACAUUUUUACUACUACUUUUACUGUUAGUCUCUCUCUCUCUCUCUUCCUUUUUUUUUUCCUUUCUUGCCCCCAUGCUGGUGUGUAGUUUAUAUGGAGUUUUGUUGGGUGGAUGUGAUAAGAGAAUUAAGAAUACAAGUGGUGUGUGUGUGUGUGUCCCUCCGGCAGGGGUAAAACGGUAAUUUUCAUGUGGGUCAUCGUGGCUUAAAGAGGGAUUAUUGGCAAGAAUCCUCCCUUGUGAAUUUGAUCAAGAUGAUCAUUGUUACUGAAGCUAACUUCAGCAGGACAUGGAUGUUUGAACUUUGAAGGGAAGAAAGCAUCCGUGGAUGGUUUUUUUGGUUUCACCUUUACCCAAAAAAACUUUGUAAUAUUACUAUUAUUAUUAUCUUGUUUUUUUUAUAUAUUAUAUUAUAUACUUUUGAUAAUUGAUCUGAUAUAAGUAUAUAAAGGUAUGUUUGGUUUCCAUUUUUAUGAAAAGCCUCAUAUUUAUGGCUC